AUGGCCGAGGACCGCAAAGCAAGGGCGCAAGACGCUCUGAAUACCAUAGACAAGGAUUAUAAGAAGUCCUUCACCAUCGAAUAUCUGAAGCAAGAGGCGGUGAAGAUCGAUCACUCCAGCGUCACGCUUUGCAUGGUUUACAAUGCUACUGGAGACACCAUCAGGUUUCUUUACCCUCAUGAUUGGCGUGGCACUGCUUACGGCGAAACUGCCCCAAAACCUCAAAUGGAAAUUCCAAAUGGCGCAUGGCAUUCUUUUGUGCAUGAAAGUGGCACAGGAGGAUCAACUGGGGCUGUUGUGUAUCGCAUCCAAUAUGAGCCUCAGAAAUAUUGCGAUGUCAUGCAGGCUUGGGACACUCCAGCGGAUCUUAAAGACCCAAACAAGGUGUAUACUGAAAUCCAAGAGCUUUUCCACUUUAUGGAUGAGAAAGGGAAUUGGCGUACAAUUUUGAACACAAUGGAGAAAAGUGACUUCAAAACUUUCUCUGCCACUGGUUAUGGAUACAAGUCAGUUGUCACGGGUCACUAUGGCCCUACUCCAAUCUUUGAGGGAAUAAUAACUCUGGAUGGUCUUCAAGUUCCUACUUCUGCAUCAUGA